AUGAAGAUGUAUUACCUUAAAAUGUUAUUGUUUAACUUUUUAAUAAACAUAUUAGUAUUACCAUAUUAUGAGAAUUAUCUAAAUAAUUUUUAUAAUAUAAGCGUCAUACCAAAAAACACACAAAAAACAACGAUAAAAUCAAGACGUUUAGCACAAACCCAAAUCCAUAAUCCGCAUUAUCAUAAUGAUCCAGAACUCAAAGAAAUAAUUGAUAAAAUGAACGAAGAAGCAAUUAAAAAAUACCAAAAAUCUCAUGAUCCAUAUGAACAAUUAAAAGAAGUAGUAGAAAAAAAUGGAACAAAAUAUACAGGUGGUAAUGAUGCAAAACCUAUGUCAGCGAUAGAAAAAGAAUUAUUGAAAACAUAUGAAGAAAGGUUUGGUAACGAAAGUGAUAUGUUGAAGUUGGGCAUGAGUCCAAAUGCUGAUGAAAAAUCUUCAACAUGUGAAUGUACUGAUAUUAAUAAUAUAAAACUAGGAAAAACAAAAGGAAGAGAUAAGUAUUUAAAGCACUUAAAAGGGAGAUGUACCCGUGGUAUAUAUAUUUCUUCACUUGCUACAGUAAUCUUAACAACAAUCGCUUUGUAUGCUGCUAAAACGGCUGCCCUAAAUUAUAUUGUGGGAAUAAAAGGAUCUUAUAGUGCGUGUGCAUCCUUUGUUACUAUAUUUAACAUGCUUAGUAGAGAAUCUAUUAUUGCAGUUCUUGAAACAAGCGCUGGAUUUUGUGCAAGUGGUGCUGGUGAUUUAGGCGGAACUGUUGCAGCGAAUGCUUUGGUCGCAAUAUACCCUUGUGGUAUUGCAGCUUUGGUUCUACUUAUAUUAACUGUUGUACUUAUAAUAUUAUAUAUAUGGUUAUAUAGAAGAAGAAAAAAUUCAUGGAAACAUGAAUGCAAGAAACAUUUAUGUAAGUAA